CUUAAUUCUAUUUUAAAUACAUUUUUUGUUUUAUCAAAAUUUUUCAAACAUUAGCUGAAUCUGAUAAAAGGUUAGGAGAUAAAAUCUUUGGAGAGGUUAUAUUUAUUUAACGUAAUCAUAAAACGCAAUCGUAAGUUCUUUGACUGGGAAAUUUUCUAUACCUCAAGCCUCCGGAUUGAAUAAGUUGUAAUCGUGAUUUCUUGUCUUCAAAAGCAAACAAAAAAAAUUUUAAGAAGUCAUAAAUAGGUUUUUAAUGAAUGGUUCGAAAUAUACAUUCAUUUCGUAAUGAUUUCAAACUAAAAACAAGCCCAAGUUAGGUAAUUUUAGACGAUUCGGAAAAACUCGAACAGUGAUAAAUCUCCUAAAAUUACUGUGGAGUCAAAGUAGUUAUGAUAAUACAAUUUAAAACAUGUGACAUGCAUUUAACACUCGCCUUUACAUAACCAUUACAAAUUCAGAAAAAAAUCCAAAUUCCUCCAAGGUACAAGAUGAACCUUCAACAGAAAUGAACAGACACGGCAAGGAUUCUUAAUAUUGAAGGAAGUCAUAUUUUAAACCCAGUGUUCCCAGUUCGACCCUUUAAAGUCCUGCACAUACUUUAAUGAACCGAUUCAGUGAUGUACAUUCUACAACUCCUUGGCCUAAGGGUGCCCUGCACGUCAAGAUGGCGACAACCAAAGCCAAAGAAGAAGAGAAAGGAAGCGAAGCAACAAAUAGAACAUCGACAAAGCGACACCACAAGAAAGAAGAAGAUGAGGAAGAUCCAUCGGUGACGGAGGCGGAGGUACUGCGACUGAAAAAUAGGGGCUACACCCUGAGCAAGAAACUGAGCCAAGGAUGUUCGGCAAAGAUCUACUUGACCAACUACACCAGAACUAACAAAGCGGAUAUCAUCAUGGCCUGCAAGGUAAUCGACAAGAAGAACGGUGAGCCCAAGUUCAUCACCAAAUUUCUACCUCGCGAAGUGACCGUUCUCUCUGAACUGUCUAACCCUCAUUGUGUUCAGAUAUACUCUAUCCUUGAGAUUAAGUCUAAGUGUUUUGUGUUCAUGAGGUAUGCAGAGAACGGGGACCUGCUGGAUUACCUGACCAAACACGGUGCUGUCGAAGAGAGCCACGCAAGGAUGUGGAUGCGGCAGCUCCUCUUGGCGGUGAGGUACCUCCAUAGCAAGAGGAUCGCCCACAGGGACAUCAAGUGCGAAAACGUUCUCAUAACGGACAACCUCAACGCAAAGCUAGCCGACUUCGGUUUUGCCAGGUAUUGGGUAGACCCUCAAGGAGAGGAAGUUCUUAGCGAGACCUACUGUGGCUCACUCUCUUACGCUGCUCCUGAGAUUCUGAGGGGCCACCCAUACUCCCCGAAGAAAUGCGACAUCUGGUCUCUUGGCAUUGUUUUUUUCGUCAUGCUCAACCUGGCCAAGCCAUUCAGUAAGAACAAAGCAGCUCAACUCUUGCAGCAGCAGUUGGAGAAGAAUUACCGAUUUCGGUCAAAGACGAUAUCUUCUGGAGCGAAAGAACUGAUUAGGAGCAUGUUAGAACCUAACCAGGACAUCCGACCGCUAGCAGAGGUCCUCCUCAACGUUCCCUGGAUGAAGGAGGACGAGCUCCUGCUAAAGUUGGUCCCAGAUCCCCUCCACCCGUCGCCCAGCAACCAGAAAGAGAUCUCCUACGAGCAAGAGGGGACAUACACGAAGAUGAAGCAGCUCAGCCGGAGCAGCUACCAGCAGAAUUCUGCCAUUAAUCCCUACGGUACCAAGAGUUGACGAGCAAGUUAUGCAUGAUUCUGAUAUGGGAUAUUUUAAUUCUGUACACUUUUAUUUAAAAAUAAUUUUAAAUAUAUAUUUGGAAUUGUAGUGUUUUA